GAUUACAAAUGCUGACAGGAUUGGGCUAUCCUAAUAUGAUUACAGACCUGUACAUUAGUGAGUGUUCCGAGCUUGAAAUGCUGACAAGCCUUGAAAGACUGAGCUUCCUGGAGAGGAUGAACAUUCAGUCCUGUGAGAAGCUGCACACCGUAACACUGCCAAAUACUGUAAUCAAACUCACUGUGCAAAAUUGCAGAGAAUUGCGGAGGAUUAGAAUGGAUUUCAAAGCAGACUGUUAUGAAUUUUCUCUUGUACAGCUAUGGAUAUCGGAUUGUCCGGAGCUUGAGGCGCUGCCGUGUUUUCCACGUCUCAAUUGCCUGGAAGAGAUACGCAUAAUCAGGUGUGCGAAGCUGCAUGAAAUAGCUUUGCCAAUCACACUGAAUACUCUUCAAUUGGAUGCUUGUACAGAACUGAAGAAUUUGGCAUACGUAUCUCAUCUCAAGAAUCUUGUACAAUUGAUUGUUACUCAGUGUUGGCACCUUGAGCUUGAGUUGCACCUUGAGGGGAUGAAAUCUCUUGAGAAAGUUAGAAUUGAUGGAUGCCGGAGACUGGAGUCUAUUCUGAUGAGCAAAUGUAAGAAUCUGAAGAGUCUGUCGGGUAAUUUUGAUGGGGCGAGAUUAUCCAUAUGUGAGUGCCCCGACAACAUAGGAGGUAUUGAAGAGUUAGGGACAUUGGGAGCAAUGCAGCUUUUAUAUUGCAGUAAUGCAGCAAUACGGAAUUGCAUUUUCAAGCUAAAGAGUGUCCCUUCAGCCUUCAUUCAAGUAGUUGGAGAAGCAGACAAUGCAGCAAUGGCAAAUUUAAAGGCAUCUCUGUUUCCUAAUGCACAUUUUUGCCCUGAUAUAAUGACUCUUAAUGAAACAAUAUAUCAUCACGCUGGUUCUGUGGGUGCAAUCAUUAUAUGCACUGUUGUAGACGUUGAUAGGCCUGCUCCACUACACACCCUAAGUAAAUCCUACGAAGUUUGUGAGUGGAAUUUUAACUUGCGACAAGGAAAAUGGUUAAUUACUACAGUACUUACCAGCAGAUUUUAUCAAACGCUUUACAGGUGCCGACGAUUUGAAGAUGUUCUCAUCGACCAUGGAAUAAUGAAGAACUGGUGUGCGCUGACAGUGAAGAAAGGUAAAGAAUGGAGAACUCUCCAUCUUUUACGUACAAUUAUGGAUAAGCUACACCCGCAAAAGAGGGUAUCAAAAAGAAAAAAAAUUAUUUUAGUUUAAAUUUUUUAUUUGGAAAAUUAUCUUUUUAUGUGUU